AUGGAUGUAAAAUCGUAUCUGUAUUCGUGGGCAGCGAAAAAAGGGAUUACACCACUCUUUGAUAUACGGGCUACUGGCCCAAAACAUCGCCAAAGAUUUCUCUGUGAAGUGCGUUUGGAAGGCUACUCUUACGUCGCAGCCGGUAAUUCUGUGACUAAAAAGGAAGCACAGAAAAAUGCCUCGAGAGAUUUCCUUAAUUUUCUCGUGAGAUCUGGUGAGCUCUCAGCUAGUGAUGUACCUGAAGAUGUUGUUAUUAAAACUGAAAAUGAACAACAAAACGAAGGGAAUGUUGAAGUACCACAACAAAACAAACCCGUUUUCCAAGAUGGUAUGGGACCAGAAAGUAUGGGACCCGCUUACCAAGCUUAUGGUGGGGAGAGAGAAAACUUUACAUAUAUGGACCGUCUCCAACAACAAAAAAAUGUUGAAGAUGCUGAAGAUUUGGAUGUAAAUGCCAGCCUUCAUGGAAAUUGGACUAUGGAAAAUGCUAAGUCCAAAUUACAUCAAUUCAUGCAAAUUAACAAAAUCAAUGCUGACUAUGUAUACAAAGCUGUAGGACCUGAUCAUACCAGGUUCUCAUUCUCUAAGGUGACUGUAUUUAUGGCCUCACUCCUAGCACAAUGUUGCACUGGCCCUCAACAUGUUUGGAUGUCUAUAUACGUUCGCCAAUUAGGACGUAAUGUGACAGGACGUGAAACAGCAUCUAACAAACAAACUGCAAGUAAAUCUUGUGCAUUGUCAUUAGUGAGGCAGUUGUACCAUCUUGGUGUUAUUGAAGCGUUUAGUGGCACAUUGAAAAAGGACAGGUCAUCUGAAGGUAUUAUGAAACCAUAUAAGGUGGCGAUUAGUCCAGAACUAGAAAAGCAACUUGAGGAUACUUUACAAUCACUAGACAUAACACCAGUGGAUGUGAAUGCACCUCAAGAGACGAAUGCUGAGGGGCAAGGAGUAACAUUGUUGCAAGUAGACAGAGCGAAAGCUAUGAGGGAAGCUCGUCCAACGCCAUCUGGUGUUGUCUCUUGGUCACCACCGCAGGCCAAUUGGAAUGCUUGGACUGGAUGUAAUAUUGAUGAGGGUCCCUUGGCUACUACCAGCUUAGACGAUAUUAGUGCAGAUUUGGAAAAACAUCAUCGGGAUGUUUGCCAAAAUAGUACUCUUUACCAGGAAAGUGUCCAUGAAAGAGAACAGUUGCCAGUGCAUGCGAUGCGCUCGCAAAUAAUGGAAGCUAUUAACGACAAUCCCGUAAUUAUUAUACGCGGCAACACUGGGUGCGGUAAAACUACUCAGGUGUGCCAGUUCAUCCUGGACGACUACGUGGCGAGCGGGCAGGGUGCGUGGGCCAACGUGUGCGUCACGCAGCCGCGCCGCAUCUCCGCCGUCAGCGUCGCCGAGCGCGUCGCCAGCGAGCGCUGCGAGCAGCUCGGUGAGAGUGUGGGGUACUCUGUGAGAUUCGAGUCGGUGCUGCCACGUCCGUAUGGGUCCAUACUGUUCUGCACUGUGGGAGUGUUGCUGCGGAAACUUGAAGGCGGAUUGAGGGGGGUCAGCCAUGUUUUAGUAGACGAGGUCCACGAACGUGACGCGGAUACUGAUUUCGCUUUGAUCCUGCUAAGGGACAUGGCUCACACAUAUCCCGAUCUAAGAAUCAUCCUUAUGUCGGCUACUGUGGAUACUACACUGUUUGUCAACUAUUUCGGAAACUGUCCAGUUAUAGAGGUCCCCGGACGCACAUACCCAGUGAAACAAUACUUCUUAGAAGACUGCGUAGAACUCACGAACUUCAUGCCUCCACCCGACUCAAGGAAGAGGAAGUCGUCCGGAAAGAAAGCCAGUAGAGAUGAUGAUGAGGAUGAGGAUGAAGGUUUGGGUGUUGAUGAAGAGGAAGAUUUAAAUAUGCACGCGGGAUUAGGAGACAAUUAUUCACCAAAAACCAUGGAAGCCAUGUCGAAAUUGUCGGAAAAAGAUCUAAGUUUCGAGUUAAUUGAAGCAAUCCUCCUAUACAUAGAGAAUCUAGGCAACGAGGGUGCCGUGCUAGUGUUCCUGCCAGGGUGGAAUCUGAUAUUUGCGCUAAUGAAACAUUUGUCGCAAAGCAAAACAUUUGGUAAUACCGAAAAAUACAUCAUCUUACCUCUGCACAGUCAAAUCCCGAGGGAUGAUCAGAAGAAAGUCUUCAUUACACCCCCGCCUGGACUCACUAAGAUCAUCUUAUCAACAAACAUAGCGGAGACAUCGAUUACGAUCAACGAUGUGGUAUACGUAAUAGAUUCGUGCAAAGCCAAAAUUAAGUUAUUUACAUCUCACAACAAUAUGACGUCAUACGCCACUGUUUGGGCAAGUCGGACUAAUCUAGAACAGCGUAAAGGCAGAGCGGGUCGCGUGCGGCCGGGCGUGUGCUUCACGCUGUGCUCGCGCGCGCGCUUCGACCGCCUCGACGAGCACCAGACGGCGGAGAUGUUCCGCACGCCGCUGCACGAGCUCGCUUUGAGUAUAAAACUCCUACGUCUCGGUAACAUAGGCCACUUCCUCUCCAAAGCUCCUGAACCUCCUCCACUAGACGCAGUCAUCGAAGCCGAAGCACUUCUUCGGGAACUUGGCUGUUUGGACAACAACGACGACUCACUCACACCAUUAGGAACUAUACUCGCUAAACUGCCUAUAGAACCCCGUCUUGGUAAGAUGAUGGUACUAGGCUUCGUCCUGGGCGUAGGGGACGCUCUAACAACCAUGGCAGCAAACUCCACGACAUUCCCAGAGAUAUUCACCAUAGAAGGCAGGCGGAGGCUCAGCGGCCACCAACGGGCGCUGGCGGGCGAGCGCGCUUCAGAUCAUGUCGCUAUGUUGAAUGCUUUUCAGAUGUGGGAGCGUGAGCGUGCGAAGGGUGAGGACGCGGAGAUGCAGUGGUGCGAGUGGAAGGGCGUGCAGCAAACCACUCUGCGUGUUACCUACGAGGCGAAGUACCAACUUAUCAACAUAUUAACAACAACAAUAGGUUUCCCAGAAGAGUGUUGUAUCCCACAACGAUGGAACCCCAAUGUACCAGAUCCGGUGCUGGACCUGGUCAUAGCUUUGCUAUGUAUGGGGUUGUAUCCUAAUGUCUGCUUGCAUCAGGGAAAACGUAAGGUGCUAACAACGGAAGGAAAGCCCGCCCUCAUCCACAAGACGUCGGUGAACUGCUCAAACCAGGAGCAGCGCUUCCCGUCGCCGAUGUUCGUGUUCGGGGAGAAGGUGCGCACGCGCGCCAUCAGCUGCAAGCAGACCAGCAUGGUGGCGCCGCUGCACCUGCUGCUGUUCGCCAGCAGGAAGGUGGAGUGGAUCGACAAUGUAGUACGUCUAGACAACUGGCUCAACUUCGACAUGUCGCCGCGCACCGCCGCUCUGGUGACGGCCCUACGACCGGCCAUAGAGAAGAUAGUAGAACGAGCUGCCGGUGAACCAGAUGGCGCUUUGAUCUUCUCACCCGAUGAACAGAAGGUACUCGAUUGCGUUAAAGCACUGUGCGUAAUAGACGCAGGUGACCACGGAAUACAGCGUGAAGCACCAACGUUUUCCUUCCGACCCGACGGGCCAAAGCGAGGUAACUUCAGAGGAUGGGGAACCAAUGGUCCGAGAGGCGGAUUCGGUAAUCAAGGCGGGUUUGGUAAUCAAGGCGGAUUCGGUAAUCGGGGCGGAUUUGGUAGUCAAGGCGGGUUCGGCAAUCGAGGCGGAUUCGCUAAUCAAGGUGGUUUUGCCAGUAGAGGUGGAUUUGCAAAUAGAAGAGGAUUCGGAAACGGUGGAGGAUUUAGAGGUAGAGGUGGUUUUGGAAAUCGAGGCCGCGGUUAUGGAAAUAAUUUUGGAAAC